UCCACCUUUAUAUGGAGUUGGCCUUCCACAUUAUUCUAGCAUGUUUGCCGAGCAAGAAGAAGGAAAUCGGAUGAGAGAAGAUGAAUCCCAACACAGACAAGCUUAUACGACGCACAACCAUGGUUGGGACUUGUGUUGCUGCUUACUUGCUGAUAACCGCUGAUUAUGGUCCUCAACCUAAUGUUCUUGACCCUAUCAAGAACAAGAUAAAAUCAGCAGAACGUUCAGCAAAGGAGUUCAUAUUUGGAUCAAAGAAGAAACAGGAGGAAAUUGAUGCUGGGAAGACAGAGUCGAGCAAUGCCAAGUGAAAUCUAUAGUCUGUAUAUAUGUAAUGUGUCAGGAUCCCGCUUUUGUUUUCUAUUUUAGCUUAUGGUGCAUUACAGAUUUACAGUAUAGGAACUCCUGUCAUUAACUGCUAUAGAGGCUUGGUAAUUAGACUAAUUACAAGUGUUUUUAUGUAUGCUUUUGACUAGUUAUAUCAAUCAUUUUUAUAGUUCUUUUCACA